AUGAUAAAGCAGGCAUUGUACUCGUACAUGCCAAACCGGGCCAAUCUGAGCCUCGCAGUCCACAUUUGUUCCAUUCAACAACGCAAAAUGCCAAAGCCUGGAGAUCCGCGCCUCGGUGAAUUAAUUCAGCAAGGCUCGGCUGGUCGUCUUGUACUCCUUGGGUUUCCGUUUGACGAAGGUGUUCGACGCAAUGGCGGCCGUCUUGGUUCCAAGGACGGUCCAGACUCGGUUCGCAAGUACAUCUCAGGCAUGGGCACGCUCAUCAACCCAGAGCUGAACGUGAACUUGAAUACAAUUUCCAUUUCCGACGCCGGAAACAUUCGAAGCGACAUCAAGCUCGAGGACGCCCACCAAUUGCUGUCUUCGAAAGUUGCCGAGUUGAUUGGUGCAGGCUCCAUUCCGUUUGUGAUUGGUGGUGGCAAUGACCAGUCGUAUGCCAACGCGCGAGGCCUUAUUCUGCAACGCUCAAAGUCCAUCGGCGUGGUCAACAUUGAUGCUCAUUUCGAUGUGCGCCCGCUGGAACACGGCACCGUUCACUCGGGCACCCCCUUCUAUCAGCUGUUGCGCGACCCUGAGUUUAUCAAUGCGGCUGGCAAGUUUGUCGAGUUUGCAGCCCAAGGAAGCCAAUGCAGUGCAGAGCACGCCGAGUUUAUCCGGCAGCGUAAUCAUCGCAUUAUGUGGCUGAGCGAGGUCAAGAGCGCCAAGAAGCAGGCGGGCAUGCAGACAGUGUUCAAGAAUCUGCUCGAUUCCCUUGGCGAUGAUCUUUUUGUGUCCUUUGAUCUGGAUGCCGUUCGCGGAGCCGAUGCGCCUGGAGUGAGCUGUUCGUCGUGCAUUGGGCUGUCUGCACAAGAUGCGCUGGACAUCUGCUUUGUGGCUGGUCGACAUCCAAAUGUGCGCCUCUUUGAUUUGUCCGAGUUCAACCCUGCGAUCGAGGAAUAUCGCACCGGUCGAUUAGUUGUGAUGAUGUUCUACCACUUUGCCCUCGGCCUUGCGCAACGCGAACUGGAUCUCAAACAAGCAUCGGCUUAGACCGGCUGUUGGUCCUCCACCUCCGCUUCUUGCUGCCCGCUUCUUUGCCCAAACGGGCAAUCAACACCUUGCAUUGCGUGCGGCGUUUGAAAAAAAAACAGAAGAAAAGAAAUUCAAAUGAAAACAGAUCAACAUUAACAACCAAAAUCAAAAGACGAAAUUGCCACA